AUGGAAGUGUAUCAUACAGAGGACCAUUACAUACUGCACGAUGGGGAAUUCAGUCUCUGGUGUGACCGUGCUCGUGGUACACUCGAACCUAAGAAGGGUUUGGACUUGUGUUCUGCCUGGAAUCCUGUGUGUAUAGGCUGUGUCUAUGGUGUUAUUGGAAAGUUAAUCAUUCAUCCAGAUUCAGAUCCCAGACUGAUUCUUAUUCGGAAAAGAAGUUUGGUUGGUAAACUAAAUGGUGUUCAUGAGGUUUAUAAGAUUGACAAAGUCACUGUCCUUCCUUUGUCUACAGCAGAACCAGUGGAGCUUGACCUUGGGUUGUGUAAGCUGCACCAUUUUGGGAUGAAAAGGACUCAGAGGAUUACCCAACAGGCAGAAGGAAAGCAACAGGCUUUACAGAAAACAUGGAAAACUAUUAAAAGUGCUGCUGAAAAUGUCAAACCAAAAAAGAAAGAGUUAAAAGACAGAGACAAGUUUGUCAAGAGAAUUGUUGAUGAGGUACUGAAGAUGUACAACGACAGUGAAUCCUUUUACUACUGUGAAACAUACGAUUUGUCAAACAGUGUGGAACGUCAACAUCAGGAAAAGUAUAAUCAAUCCCAGCCGAUGUGGAAGAGAACAGAUCCACGAUUCUUCUGGAACAGUCACCUUGUCACAGAACUUGUCAACAUGCAAGCUAGUGAAGAGGAAGUAGAGCUGGCCAGCCACUGGAUAACUCCCAUCAUCCAAGGAUUCUUUCAAAUUGAGAAAUGUACCAUGGAGUUCACUGAUUUAGGGUCAAGCCCUGCGGAUCAAAUAGCACUGCCAGACUUUGGAAACACCAAGAACAAGGGCCCACUUUACUUCAACUUAGGCAUUAUCUCACGAAGGAGUAUUCAUAGGGCAGGAACAAGAUCAAAAAAGCGUGGGCUUGAGGAAAGUGGAGCGUGUGCCAACUACGUGGAGACUGAACAGAUUUUGGAGUUUUCCUGUCACACUGUGUCCUUUGUACAAGUUAGGGGAUCCAUUCCUGCAUACUGGAGCCAGACAGGAUUCAAGUACCGACCGCCUCCCAAGCUGGAUCGGGGUAAGUGUUGUUAUAACGUCCCUUACUUACAGUCCUACAUGCCAUACACAGCUGUAAUCCUAGCCUUUUCUGUCUGCUGUCCUCAAGUUAUGAUUGCUUUCCUGUAA